AUGGUCAAGGCGAUAGAGGCUACAAUGGUCAAAGUGAUAAAGACUACAAUGGUCAAAGCAAUAGAGACUACAAUGGUCAAAGCAAUAGAGACUACAAUGGUCAAAGCGUUAGAGCCUACAAUGAUCAAAGAGAUAGAGACUACAAUGGUUAAAAAUAUGGAGCCUACAAUGGUCAAAUGUAUAGCACGGACAAUUAUCGAAGAGAUAGACUGUACAAUGGUCAAAGGAAUAGAACCUACGGUGGUCAAAGAGACAGGGUUUACGAUGGUCGAAAGAGGUAGGGUAACAGUACAAGCCACCUGUAUUACACUAACUGCGAUGAUGGUUGAUCGUUACUACGCUAUUGCGCAUCCCUUGAAAUCACUGAAAACAAGAACUCCGAGGGUAGCCAUGAUGGUCAGUGCUAGUGUUUGGGCUGCGUCUGCCUUAUGCUGUGUUCCCGUGGCACUCUAUCGGCAAGUGGUAUACUACGACUGGUACGGAAUCAAGCCUUUCUGUGUGGAAGUGUGGCCGUCGCAUUCAUGGAACGUCGGCUGGUAUGUGUACAUGUGCUUGGCAGCUUACUUGGCACCAUUGCUGAUAAUAUCUGUGUGCAUGGGUAUGAUCAUGCACCUGGUGUGGAAUUCGUCAACCCUCUUCUACCGAACCCAGUCCAAAGCGCAGCAAGCAAGACAACGUCAAAAGAUUCGUAAAACCAGAAUGGUAUGCGUUGUUGUGCUGAUCUUCGCAUUCUGUUGGCUGCCUGUGCAUAUCAUGAAUAUCUGGUCACGGUUGGAUGUGAAUUACCCAGAUACUAUGGUUACUUAUGCGAUUCAGCUAUUCGGUAAUUGUCUGUCAUACGCCAAUUCUUGCGUGAAUCCUAUAAUUUACGCCUUCAUGAGUGAAAAUUUCAGACGUCGUUUCAGAGAGGUAUUUACCUGCUGCUGUGCCGCACCGUCCAAUGAUUUCCGUUUCCGUGAACGAGGCACGAUUACCCUGGCAAUGACGGACGGGAAGAGUUUCAACUCCCAGACUAGCACAAGCAUGAGACGACAUCAUCACUGUAUACCGCUGACAGAGCCAACCAUACGUGAAGCGUCGAGCACAAACCCGGACACGAACGACACUGACAUGGAUUACAUCGAUGCACUACACAGAAACACGGAAGAUGAAAUAUUGAAACGUUCUGUAUUAGCAUAA